AUGUUGUAUUUCAGGGAUGGAUAUCCAUCAGCAAGAUUUGUCCUAUUAAAAGGGUAUAGCAAGAAGGUUUCAUAUUUUUCACACACUAUAGUAGUCGGAAAGGACAACAGCAGAGAAGAAAUCCGAGAGCUGCUUUUGACCUUUUACUGGGAACAUUAUAGUAGAUCGGUAAGAAUUGAGGGGGAUGUAGAGAAGCUUCCUUUUGAGGAUGCAGAUCAGUACUUUAGAAACAGACCUUAUCGAGUCAGAUUGGAGCUCUAUGUAGUGAUCAAAGCAAAUCGUAUCUAGCAGAAAUGAGGGAUAGAACAGAUUGCAUCACAACUGAAGGAGAAGUAUAAAGAAGGAGAGGUGCCUAGACCCUCCUUUAUGGUAAAUAUAGAUUCUUAUAAUAUGGAAGUAGAUAGUAAAUGUUCCAAGUGGGAGUGGACCUUAUGUACUAAUUCCAAGCUUGACCUGGGGGUGCCAACAUUGAUAUCAUUUGACCUUGAAACACUCGACUUGAGCGCGUUUAUGUUGCUAUGGAGUCCGUCGUUUUUUGAGAUGUAACCUUGAAAAUAGAUUUUCAAACCACAGGACAGAGAGGGGAAGCUUCUAGAACUAAAAACUAUCGACUAGGUUGCCCACUUUAAAGUUAAAUCUGUUGAAGGUUACUUUUCAAGGCCAAUACUAGAUAAUGUUUAAGGAUGUACUUUAUAGGUCAAAUGUUCCCCCGCGGUCAAAUAAUAUGUAUCAGUAUUCAUUUUUUUACAGGGGUGGGAUAUAUUCUUAAACCUUAUACCAUAGAAUUCUGGCAAGGUCAAACAGAUAGAAUCCAUGAUAGAAUCAGAUUUCGCAGACCAAAGACAGAUGAACCAGAUGGUAUACUGACGCAUCGUGGUGAAGAUGGUUGGAUAUAUGAACGACUGUUUCCGUAACUCUGGUCUUUUCCCGGCACCUAUUUUAAUUUUUUUGUAAAUAGCAACAAUCUCCAGUUCAAAUUUCUGCUCUUUUUCAUAUAUUGCAAAAAGUUGAUUUUCUAACUCUGACUCAAAAGAUCCAGAACCUUAGCAUCAGUUCAUUAAGUAAUUCCAUUAUUAUAAGAACAAAUUUAGGCAAUUUUUGUAGGUAAUUUUAGGCAAUGUAUUGUGCGAGGGAUAUCAGUGUUUGUUAGAGACGGGUGUAGAGUUGGUUAAGAUAUGGAAAGAUGGCAAAAGCAUAAUAAUCAUAUUAGAAUUGGAUUGUUUAAAAUACUAAAUCUCACCUAGGUAUUUGGAACUUAAAUAUAUUGUUCUUACUUGAAACAACAAGUUCACAAAAUCAUAGAAAAUACGUAAAAUUUUUCAUUUACAUUUAAAGGGUCAUGUUGAAAUUUAAAAGUUUAUUACCAAUUUUAUUAUAUAAAACGUUUGACUCAUUUAUUGUUUUUUUGUCGAUAAAGUUCAUUACUCUUUUCUUUGUCUUUAGUAUCACUUAAAAAGUAUAUACCUAUGUUUUAAUAAAUCAGUAAACUGUUGGUUAGGUAAUUCUUUCAUAUUUCUGUUUUUCAGAUGUAGGCUUUUACUAUUAAAAAAUGUUGAAUGCCUUGUAUAUUUUAAUAGCUUCUUCUAUAGAUAUUCAAUGUCAUAUAGGUAAACAUGUACUAGAAGGGCAAUGAUAAGUUGACAGUGUAUGACCUCAAUAAGUAUAUUUCCCCAUGCACAAGCAUUGCUUUUUGUGGUGUCGUGUAUAUUAUUGCAGAAUAUGCGUGUUUCUUUUGUUCAUAAAUUGUAUUUUUUUUUUCAAUAAACAUUAUUAUUAUACCUGAUUUGAUCCAAAAUUUCAUCUUUAUACUUAUAUUUUGUUUUUGCUAUCUUUACAUCUGUACAGUAUUUGCUGCAUUACAUUUUACCUUAUUAAUAUUAAGAACUUGAUAAUCAAUGUCUUCCAAAUAGAUGAUAAACCAUUAGUGC